GCGGGGUUAAAGUGUGCACGUCUCUGUGCUACCUUGGCCGGCUGGAGCCGGACUCCUGCGGGAGAUCGCUAGGACAGCCUGGGAUCUGAUCGGAUCGCCCGGCUCCGUGAUUAGUAAAGUACCUCUGAUCCAGCCAUGACCAGGUGGGCUAGAGUGUCUACUUCAAACAGUAAGAGACCCUUGUCAGCAACAUCAUGGGAGGACAUGAAGAAGGGCUCUGUGGAGAGAGCAGACCAAAACCUUCCAAAUCGGAAGCACUGUCCAAGCGGCGGGCUGUCCCUUAGAAACGAUGCACCUCAGGCAAAACACAAGAAGAACAAAAAGAAAAAAGACUACUUGAAUGAAGAUGUGAAUGGAUUCAUGGAGUAUCUGAAACAGAGCUCGCAGGUGCUUCACAAUGGACAGCUGAUAGCAGCCGACAGCCAGGAAGUAAGGGAAGAAAUUGCAGAGGCCUUAAAGAAGGACCGUCGCCGGGAAGGAAGGCGGCUCAAGAGACAGGCGGCAAAGAAGAAUGCAAUGGUGUGUUUCCACUGUCGACAACCCGGCCACGGCAUUGCUGACUGUCCGGCUGUACUGGAGAGCCAGGACAUGGGCACCGGCAUUUGUUACCGCUGUGGGUCCACAGAACACGAGAUGACCAAGUGCAGAGCCAACGUAGACCCAGCGCUCGGUGAAUUUCCUUUUGCAAAGUGUUUUGUCUGCGGAGAAAUGGGACACUUGUCCAGAUCCUGCCCCGAUAAUACCAAAGGAGUCUAUGCUGACGGUGGCGGCUGUAAACUCUGUGGCUCCGUGGAACAUUUUAAGAAAGAUUGCCCUGAAAAUCAGAACUCAGAUCGGAUCAUCACAGUUGGUCGCUGGGCAAAGGGAAUGAGCGCAGACCAUGAAGACGUGCUGGAUGUGCCCAAACCGCAGAAACCUAAAACCAAAGUGCCCAAAGUUGUUAAUUUUUGAUAAGAAUUGGUACAGUUGUUAAUUACCAUCUCAAGGUCACUUUCCAAAGUAAGCCUUUAGAGAUUAAAGCUGGGUGCUUGUGGAGGCGAGCCUGUGUCACAGACACCUCUCUGUCUGACCUCCACGGGGCAGGCUGCCUACAGUCUACCAUGGAGUACAGGGUGGUUAAUUAUAGUGUGUGUGUGUGUGUGUGUCUGUGUGUGUGUGUGUCUGUGUGUGUGUGUGUGUCUGUGUGUGUGGUCUGUCUGUCUGUCUCUCUAUGCCUGUGUGUCUGUCUGUAUUUGAAACAAAUUCUACAUAGCCCAGGUAUGUAGAACUAUACAACCCUGCUUCGGCAUCCAGAGUGCUGAGAUCACAGGCAAUGCGCCUAAGAGCAUAUUUUAGCAGAUGGAACUUAGAAAUAACUAAAUGCCUCUAUACCUGAUUGUAGCAGUCAUCACUAUAAAUGUAAAUUAUGAAUCAAAAUUAGCCCCUAAACAAAGCACAUGCCUUUCAGCUUGUGAAUAAAUAUUUUGUUAUAUGCUCUUAGUUCAGAGUAUCAAUUUAUUGUAAUAGAAAUGUAUUUAUAUGUUGCCACAACAUCUGUAAUUUUAAUACUGAAUAAAAUUAUAUCAGCUGUU